CGGGCCGGACACAAAGGGCUGUGCCGAGGAGGGUUUUGUUCGGUCACAUGAAGCGGCGCAGCCAGUGAGCGAGGAGCUGGGAGGGGGAGCGGGGCCGCCGCCAUUGCCAGGCGCUGAGGAGCUGGGGGAACCCGGUGUCGCCUCAGGGCGCGGGAUUGCCGGCCGGCAGGGCCGAGAGGCGCAGGGAGUGGAGGUUUGCUUUAAGUCAGACCUCCUAGCUUGAUACAAAUAAAACAGACAAAGAGGCAGCAUUGCAGGGAGCAGGUGGCUCCAUGGGAGUGAAUACUCAUGGGGAGCCUUGAAGGAGUUGAGGAGCGACUGUGAGGACAUCUGUAAAACUGGUGGGACUCCAGGAGACACGGCUAGUCAAAAAAAAAAAAUUGGCUCUUGUGCACAUAAUUUGUGUGCACCAGAGGUGGAAUCAAAUAUGGAUAAGACAUCUUAAAGAGCCAUUGCUGUUAAAGAGCAAAAUGGCAUAACUCCAGUAUCAACCAAAGAAAGUAUCAAGUUACUAGAUAUGUGUCAAUAUGAACUGAAGAAAGAAUUUUCGUUUGGAGCUUAAUGGAACGUCCCUUUGAAAAAUCCCAAAAACAUGACAAACGUCAGCUAAAUAUAAAUGUGCUCAAUAGACAGACCAGCAAUAUGGAUGGUUCAAAGAUAAAUACUGAGAUUACUGGUGCUAAAGAAGGACUCCUAGAUGACAGCAAUUUCAUCUCUGAGGGAAAAGGAGGCAUUCCUAAAUCACAAGAAAGUGAAACCUCAUUUCAGAAAAACAAUAUAUUGACUCUGUCAGAAGACCUGUCAAGGGACAGAUCCGAAAAAGCCUUAAGUGGAGGCCAGCAGUCUCUAUUUAUACAUACUGGUGCUCCUACUGUUUCUACGGAAAACUUUAUCUUGCCUACAGGAACUGCUGUUAAUGGACCAGUUUCACACUCCACCUUAACUAAAACUUCCAUUAUGAAUAAAGGCAAUGUUUCAUUAACUACUGGACAACCUGUGAGUCAUACAGAUUCCUGCUCAACAUUGCCAGUCAUGCAUGAUCUUCAGCUGCCCGCAAAGAGUACAACACAGAAAUCAAGUCAACACCAAGUGUUAUUUUUGUUACCUGAUGUAGCACAGGCUAAGAACCUGACUCAUUCCAUUAAAAAUCUACCUACCUCUGCUUCAGUUGGUUGUGAUACACAGAAAUCUAUAGGAAAUAGUGUGAAAUCAGAUAGCACUUUAAUAAACCAAGUAGAAGUGUGUGAGGAUAGCAAAAGUUUACUAGUAGAUGAAGAUUGUGUUAAUACAUUAACAGGAAUUUCCUCAGGUACAGGUGGUUUCAGAUCAGGAAAUGAUACAAACUGGGAUCCACAAAAAGAGUUCAUACAGUUUCUUAUGACAAAUGAAGAAACAAUAGAGACGUCUCCAGUUCACUGUAAAGUAGGUCUAGAGAAAAAGCGAAAAAGAAAAAUGGAUGUUAGCAAGAUAACACGUUAUACAGAGGACUGUUAUGAUACAGAUUAUAUUCCCAGUAAAUCAAAAUUACUAAAUGUUGACUAUUUAGAGCAGAGUGAGGAUCUAGAAAUAGUAGAACCACAUAAAUAUGCAUUAACAAAAGUGAAGCCUGAAUCAAUGGAUGAGGAGUUAGAAGCUGUUGAUGCUAUCCAACAAUUGAUUUAUAGUCCUACUAACAAAUGUGCAGAAGAUACUUCUCCGGUUCACACUAGCACUUUUCUUUCUAGUACUUUAAAAAGCAAAUGUGAACAGAAUGAUUCAGAAUCACCAUCUACUUUUAGUACUGAUGAGCCAUCAUUUUAUCCUUGUACUAAGUGCAAUGUGAAUUUUAGGGAGAAGAAACAUCUGCAUAGACAUAUGAUGUAUCAUUUGGAUGGGAAUAGUCACUUCCGUCAUCUCAAUGUCCCAAGGCCCUAUGCAUGUAGGGAAUGUGGACGGACAUUUCGAGAUCGUAAUUCACUUCUUAAACAUAUGAUAAUUCACCAGGAAAGAAGGCAGAAACUGAUGGAAGAAAUCCGAGAGCUGAAAGAACUUCAGGAUGAGGGUAGAAGUGCACGAUUACAGUGUCCACAAUGUGUUUUUGGUACCAAUUGUCCCAAAACAUUUGUGCAGCAUGCUAAAACCCAUGAAAAGGAUAAAAGAUAUUACUGUUGUGAGGAAUGCAAUUUCAUGGCUGUAACAGAAAAUGAACUGGAAUGCCAUAGAGGGAUUGCUCAUGGAGCAAUGGUGAAGUGUUCAAUUAUCAGUAGUGAUAUGUCCCAGAGAAAAACACAGAAAAAGACUUCAGUGAAAGAUCCAUAUAUAGGGUCAUCAAAAAAGUCAACCACAUAUAUGUGCAAAAUGUGUCCAUUUACUACAUCAGCCAGAAGCAUUUUAAAAAAACACAUGGAAUACUUACAUCCAACAUCAUGUAUUAGUCCAUUUAGUAGCCAUCUUAGAUUAGAAAAAAGGAAAAGUAGCAUAAUUGAAGAACCUUUAGAUUUUGGCAGCAGAACUAAACAAUUGAUCAAACAAUCAUCUACAUUUCCAAAGAAUUCUGUUUUAAAGCAAGAUGUAAAAAGAUCAUUUGGCUCAGCUUCACAAUCCAGUAACUUUGCAAAACUUCACAAGAGACCCCACAGGAUACAGAAGGCUCGGAAAAGCGUUUCACAGUCAGCUGUAAGUGUGUGCAAUCUAAAAUCUCCAAACAAGACUAUUUUGAUUAAAAAUAGCAUUGACCAAAAACCUAAAUAUUUCCAUCAAACAGCAAAACAAAAAGCUAGUGUCAAAACAAGCAGUAAUUAUUUAUAUAGACACAAAUAUGAAAACUACAGAAUGAUUAAAAAAUCUAGUGAUCCUUAUCCUUUACAUUUUAAAAAGGAAGAGUCCAGCUCUGUUAGUUCUUUACAUUUAUUUUCAUCAUCAAAUAGUCCCCAUAAUAAUUGUUUUAUCAUGGAUUCUCCUAAUCUUGAUUCCAAAAGGUCAGAAGGCUAUAAAGACCAUAGGCGUGUAGCUGUAAAAAGAGUGGUUAAAGAGUCUAAGAGGGAAGGCUCUGUUACAGGAGAUGAUUUGGAUUGCUAUCCAGAUUUUCUACAUAAAAUGACUGUUGUUGUUUUACAGAAACUUAACUCUGCUGAAAAAGACAGCUAUGAAACGGAGGACGAAAGUUCAUGGGAUAAUGUUGAACUAUGUGAUUACACUGCACAAUCUAUGGAGGAUGAUUCUUACACUGAUAUUAAUCAGGAUCAUGUAAACCUCUUCCCUUUAUUCAAAGGUAAAAUAGAGGAUCAAGAAGCUGGUGAUAAAUCCUCUCUUCAUUAUGAGCAGAAUGAUGGUUUUUAUUUUGAGUAUUAUGAAGAUGCAGAGAGUAAUAACUUCCUGCAUGAAUUACAUGAUCCUCAAAAUUUAGAAAAUGUAGGAACAGCAUUGCCAAAGCAUAGCUCGGUUUUCCAUUGGACUGAUUUAUCACUUGAGAAGAAGUCCUGUCCGUACUGUCCAGCAACAUUUGAAACAGGAGUUGGAUUGUCUAAUCAUGUCCGAGGGCAUCUUCACAGAGCUGGAUUAAGCUAUGAAGCCCGCCAUGUUGUUUCACCAGAGCAGAUAGCGACAAGUGACAAAAUGCAACAUUUCAAAAGAACUGUAACAGGAACCCCUGUUAAGCGAGUUAGAAAAGCUAUUGAGAAAUCUGAAACGUCUUCUGAACACACGUGCCAGCUUUGUGGUGGUUGGUUUGAUACAAAAAUUGGAUUAUCUAAUCAUGUGCGAGGACACCUGAAAAGGCUUGGUAAAACCAAGUGGGAUGCACACAAGUCUCCAAUUUGUGUUCUAAAUGAGAUGAUGCAAAAUGAAGAAAAAUAUGAAAAAAUCCUAAAAGCAUUGAACAGCCGCCGUAUUAUUCCCAGACCAUUUGUUGCUCAGAAACUUGCUUCAAAUGAUGACUUUUUAUCUCAAAAUGUAAUACCUCUUGAAGCAUACCAUAAUGGCCUAAAGACUGAAGAUAUAUCAGUGUCUGCAUCGGAAGAAGAUGGUCUGAGUUUCCUAAAUGAAUGUGAUGAAACAAAAACAGUACUACAUGAAAAAAAAAAUCAGUCACUUACACUGAUAGAACUUCUGAAAAAUAAAAGGUUAGGAGAAGAAAGAAAUCCUGAUAUUUCUCCUCAAAAGAUCCAUAAUCAAACUGCAAGAAAGAGGUUUGUUCAGAAAUGUGUUCUUCCAUUAAAUGAAGACAGUCCAUUGAUGUUUCAGCCGCAAAGAAUGGACUUGACUAUGCAGUCAGGUAUGCCUGUGAAGCUUAGAACGUGUGUGCAUUGCAAUACGACGUUUACAAGUGCUGUUAGUCUGUCCAACCACUUACGCGCUUAUGCACGAAAGAAGAGUGCUGGACUUUUGACUGGGACAGCCUUAGAUUGUAAGCAAAAAAAGUCAAGAUCGAGAUCUGGAAGCAAGAAAAAAUUGCUGCCAUUACCUCAUAGUGCUGAUGAAGUUUACAUUCUCCGAUGCAGGUUUUGUGGUCUGGUCUUUCGAGGACCAUUGUCUGUUCAGGAAGACUGGAUAAAGCACUUGCAGAGACACAUCGUCAAUGCAAAUCUUCCACGGACUGGGGCUGGCAUGGUUGAAGUCACAUCACUACUUAAAAAGCCUGCUUCAAUUACUGAAACUUCAUUUUCUUUACUGAUGGCAGAAGCAGCAUCAUAGAACAAUGAAACAUUUUAAA